AUGUCACGUUCGUCGAUUCCCAGCAAGCGCCCAGCGGAGGCUCAGGAAGCUGCUUGGGUCGCAGAUGAAGAUCGAUUUGUGCUACAACAAGCCAAGAAGAAGGCGGCGAUCCGGGUGAAAGGUGGAAGAGCACAGCCGAUAGAUUGGCUUGCGGUCACGCUAGCUGUCAUUGACCCGGAGCGCAAUCCACUGGGCGAUGAGGUGGAUGCUUCCGAUCUGGAUCUCGUGGACCCAGAAGGCGUCUUUGAAGGCAUGAGCGACACACAAUUAUCGGAGCUGGAGAAGGGCAUUGACACGUAUGUCACGCUGGAGACGAGCAGAAGCAAUCGGGAGUACUGGAAUGUAAGUUUGCAGGAUACACUAAGCUUCCGCUUGCUGAUACUGACAGACUGGCAGAUGAUGAAGACCAUAUGUAAGGACCGCCGGAAGAAUUUGGACGAUGCACAGCCGGCAGCGCGUGGAGUCAGCUCCAUAGGCUCAGAUCUGGACAAACUUCUCAGCCCGAAAUCAUUGGAGGAGCUGGAAAAACUGGAGAAGCAAAUCCGUGCAAAGCUCUCGUCCGAUGAGCCAAUCGAUACAGAUUAUUGGGAACAUCUUCUGAAGAGUUUGCUCACCUACACGGCGAGGGCCAAAUUACAAAAGGUCUCCGAGUCGAUUCUGGAUGCUCGGAUUGGAGGUUUGCGCAAACAGCAAGCUGCGGAAGCCACGGCGCUCAGGGCGAGGCUCGAGGCAGGUGUCUCCAGCGGCUCUGGCGGGAACGGACACGAAGAACAGCAACGGGGCGUGUACCAGGACGAGCGCCACCCGUCGGAUCCCGAGCCUCUACUUCGUUUGCGACAAGAAGACAAGUCGCUGGAUUCGAUGACCGACAAGGAGUUUGCGCAGAAGAUCAACGACGACAGACGGAAAGUGGCGAAGACAGGAUACGUCCCCAAUCGGAAGCGCACCGGAGAGCUGUCAGUAUCUGGUUACCAAGAACAUCCAUCAAAGCGUUCGCGAACCGAUGGCGGAGACUCCCUUUUCGAUCGUGGGGUCGCCAAAGGUCUUGGCGAGAACGAAGCAUUGUUCGCGCAAGAAGAGGAAGUGACGACCAAGAAUCUUUCAUCAUGGUCCAGUCAAUACCGUCCUCGAAAGCCAAAGUACUUUGCACGCCUCCAGCUGGGAUAUGAAUGGAACAAGUACAAUCAGACCCACUACGAUCACGAAAACCCCCCACCAAAGGUGGUACAAGGCUACAGGUUCAACGUGUUCUACCCGGAGUUGGUUGACAAGAUGAAGGCGCCCACUUACCGGAUCGAGCGUGAGAACGGCAGGAAACGAGGUCAGACUCUUGCACCUGCUGGUGAGGACGACACGUGCCUAAUUCGGUUUGUCGCCGGACCGCCGUACGAGGAUAUCGCCUUUCGCAUUGUCGACAAAGAAUGGGAUUACAGCGCCAAACGUGAACGGGGGUUCAGGAGCAGCUUCGACAAGGUUAGUUUCGAUGCGCUUGCGAUACGUGCGCAGGAAAUUACGUGACGUGCUGCUGCGUAUCCACAGCGUUUUGUACCACAUCGGCCUAGACUGACGUUUCAACCAGGGCAUUCUCCAACUUCACUUCCAAUUCAAGAAGGUAUGUGGCUCAGCCAAGAUCACAUGAAACGGCCCCGCUAAUCAUGUGACUGCAGAUCUACUAUCGCAAGUGA